AGGGGCGGGUCCGGAACCCUGCCCCGCCGUUGGCUGAGCGGCGUGAGGCGAGGGGAGCGCUUCCGGUGGGCCCUCGAGGUCCUUCCUGAGCGCGAGGCCUGCGCGGCCCAGUCGGGCGAGAGGAGCGAGGAGCGGCGGCGGCGGCGCCAUGGUGAGGAGCGGGAGCCGGAGCCGGGGGGGGGGGCGAGGGGGGCGGGCGCGGGGCUCCCUCGGGACGGACUAAUGGCGGCUCUCCUUCCUCCCCCCCCGCGCAGGUCCUCCUUCACGUCCUCUUCGAGCACGCGGCCGGCUACGCGCUCUUCGCCCUCCGGCAGGUGGAGGAGGUGGCUCUGCUGCUGCCCCAGGUGAGCGCGGGGGGCCGGAGAAGGACUUUCGGGGGCCGCAUCCCACCCCUCCCCCCUCGGGCGACCCUCCUCUGACUCGGAUGAUGCCACGUGGGGAUGCCCGGGGGAGAGACACGUGCGCCUGGCCCGGCGGGGAGGCCUUUGCGGCCAAGGGAGAGCAACUCGCGAGUAGGCCCGGCGGGAUCACGGGGAGGGCGGCGCGGCGGUGGGGUUCAAUAGGUUUUCCCCCUCGAUGUGGCUUUCUUAGAUGGGAUCUGCCUGCCCGGCCCCUUUUUGUUCGUCGCGCCAGUAAAGAGGAAUAUUCGGGAGGUUUGGGCAUUGAUUUGCAUAGAUCAGAGCUGUCUCGCCCCCGCAACAAAAUUCCGCCAUCACGAAGCGUGGGGUUGCUCCCGCCAUCUUGGUCUUUGGGGGAGGAGGCAUUGUGGGUUGAUUCAGCGCAGGGCAAAACCGGGACAUGUGCUGCUGGCGCUUCUGCAGGUGGAGGAGAGCGUCCUGAACCUCGGCAAAUUCCUCACCGUGGUCAAACUCGUCGCCUUUUCGCCCUUCAAGUCUGCCCAGAGUGCCUUGGAAAACAUCAAUGCUAUCUCCGAAGGUGAGCAGCGCCCAGAUUCCUUCCUCUUUGCUCAGAUUCUGCUCUUUUCCGUAAGGGCAGCGCCCCGGCGCCCCACUGAGUCUUCUCUUUCUCUUGCCCGGUCCAGGGAUCCUCCAUGAGGACCUCCGUCUUCUCCUCGAGACGAACUUGCCGGCCAAAAAGAAGAAGGUCGUUGUGGGGGUCAGCGAUGCUAAAAUCGGGGCUGCCAUCCAGGAAGAGCUGGGCUUCCAGUGCCAGGCUGGAGGCGUCGUGGCUGAGAUCACCCGAGGUGAGUCUGUGAAAAGGGCAACAGGAAUGGGAAGAAUUGUUUACUGGAUGAGGUGUUUGGAGAGUGUUUUUCUGCCAGCGCUUGGCAGGGCUGAACCCCCUUUCUCCUGUCUUCUCCCUCCGCCCAGGUAUCCGGUUGCAUUUCCACAGUCUGAUCAAAGGUCUGACAGCACAGUCCGCCUCCAAGGCUCAACUGGGACUGGGGCACAGCUACUCUCGGGCCAAAGUGAAGUUCAACGUCAACAGGGUGGAUAACAUGAUCAUCCAGUCCAUCAGCCUCUUGGACCAGCUAGACAAGGACAUUAACACCUUCUCCAUGCGGGUCAGGUGAGGGGGUCUCUGGUGCUUUGGAGAGACGUUCUGGCCAAAGUUGAUUCUUCCUUCCGGUCUCCCUAUGCUUACCACAGGCAGCUUCACCACACCUGCUGACUGUAUAGAAACGGGAGACAGAGAAUUGAUAGCCCUGCGUAUACACCACAGCCAGGCCGACUUUCCCCUGAGCUGUAUUGUUAGUACGGGCACAAAAAAGCCACACACCCAAAAUCCUGGAGCCUUUUCUAAACUUUGCCUGGAGAGGCUGUGGGUGCUCUGUCCUGACUCUGCCUCCUCUCCCCCCUGGCAGAGAGUGGUACGGAUAUCACUUCCCUGAGCUGAUCAAGAUCGUGAGUGACAACUACACCUACUGCCGCCUCACCAAGCUCAUUGGGAACCGGAAGGAGCUGAGUGAGGAGAGCCUGGAGGCCUUGGAAGAAAUCGUCAUGGACAGUGCCAAGGCCCAGGCUAUCCUGGAGGCCUCUCGCUCAUCCAUGGGUCAGUAGUCAUGUGGGGAAGGGGUGGGGCCUUAGGUAUGCCAGGUGAACACAGGUGCUGAACCGUGGCUCUUGCACAGUUUUUUGAUUUCAAGCAGCUCAUCUACUUGGCGUUGAGUCUUUCUGGUGCUAAUGUCUGUUUUCAGUUCCGUUGUUUUAAAUUUGACACAUGCAACAAUUUGUAAUAACUUCAUCCUUUUUAGUCUUCUGUUAACAAGGGCCAGUUUUUAAGAGAAGCUGCACUGCGGAGGGAGGUUAGGAGCGUGGCCCGGUUCUCCUUUUUGCCUCCUCUGUUCUGAUGUGCCUCCCUUCUCCCUGCAGGGAUGGAUAUCUCUCCCAUUGACCUCAUCAACAUUGAGAGCUUCUCCAGCCGCGUCAUCUCUCUCUCCGAGUAUCGCAAAGGCCUGCAGGAGUAUCUCCGCUCCAAGAUGAGCCAGGUGGCUCCCAGCCUCUCAGCCCUGAUUGGAGAAGUGGUAAGUGGCUGCCGUGUGUGUAGAGAGGAACCCCCUGCCCCCCCCCCAUUCUCACUGGCUACAGAUAUGAUGUACAAUGUGAAUCUGUCAAUCCACUGAGCCCUUGUGCUGACACCCUCUCACUGCUGAUCUGUGCCAGAGGAAAGGGAGGGGGCAGAGGCCGUCUGUAGAGAGGAGUUUUAAGCAUUGUAACGUUUUGUGUGUGCAAUGUUAGCCGGCUGCUGAGCAAGGCCAAGGGCCGCUCUCAUGGAUUGGGCCGCUGGUGCAAGUUGAUGCUUCGGAGUUUUCUACCUUCCUGUUUGGGGCUUAGCAAACCCUGAGCCCCUUGCACAGCCUGGGAAGCAACUUGUCUCCUGGGCACAAUUGUGGGUCUGGCUGCUGCUCUGAGGCGGCUGCGUCACGUGAUUGCCUUGCCUGUCUCCUUUCCCCGCAGGUGGGCGCCCGCCUCAUCUCCCACGCCGGCAGCCUGACCAACCUGGCAAAGUAUCCCGCUUCCACAGUGCAGAUCCUGGGGGCAGAGAAGGCUCUCUUCAGGUACAGCUGCAGGGCGGCCGCAGUGAUGGCAGACUCCUGGGGUGCUGGGCUUGAUGUGCUGGUCAAGUCCCCUUGGCCGCAUGUGUGAUGGGCUGGCCCCCAGCCUCUGAGCGGUCACCUGGGCCAUUCCCUUUCCCCUCCAUCCGGUAGGUUAGCUAUUUAAGGCUUGGCCUGGGAGGAGGGAGACAAGCCGUGGUUGGGGGCUUAAUUUGUGGGUCUCUAUGCGUGAUUCUCUUCCUCUGCCAGAAAGCAUUGUCUUGGUGAACCUUGCCCCCUCUUUCCCGCAGAGCCUUGAAGACUCGGGGAAACACUCCCAAAUAUGGCUUGAUCUUCCACUCCACUUUCAUUGGCCGAGCAGCUGCCAAGAACAAGGGCCGGAUCUCCCGCUACCUGGCCAACAAGUGCACGAUUGCAUCCCGCAUCGACUGCUUCUCAGGUGAGGAAUCGGGGCCUGGCCUGUCUCUGUAUGAAGCUGGACAAGCGGCCGAGCAGCUUUGCUAUGAUGGUUACAUUUUUCGUCAACAGCAUUUCACCCAGUGAAUGGUGACGCAUCAAGGCUGAGCAAAGCUUGCUGGGUGUGGCCGUGGGGUGGAGGGGAGAGUGGACAAUAUGCUGCCGCCCUUCCCUGGGUUCUGGCCAUGUAGAGCAGGUGCCCUCCGACUCACGCAUUCCUGUCUGUGUUUUUUUGCAGAGACCCCGACCUGCGUCUUUGGAGACAAGCUUCGAGAGCAGGUGGAGGAGCGCCUGGCCUUCUAUGAGACGGGGGAGCCUCCACGCAAGAACCUUGACGUCAUGAAGGAGGUGGGCAAUGGGCUGUGGAGCCGGGGUGGGAGGGCAGAGGGGCUGCCCCAUAGCAGUCGCUGGAUGUGAUGAAAUGACCUGAGCCUGACCUAUCCACUGGUGGAGGCAAAAGCUGAUUUAAUGAGUCUGAUUCAGCCUGUUGCUGCUGCUGCAAACAACUGGGGGUGCGUGGGCUGGUACUGACGGUACUGUGAACUCUCUACAUUCACAGGCCACAGAGGUGGCUGCUGAAAUGAAGAAGAAGCUGGAGAAGAAAGCGAAGAAGAAAAAGAAGCGAGAGAAGAAGCGGCUGGAAGCCCUGGAGGCCGCAGAGGAAAUGGAGAACUCUGCGCUCGAGACGACGGCAGAGGUGAGAAGCCCCUUUGGGGAGCCAGUGGUUGGUUGUAGGGUUGGGCAUAGCAGGAGCCGAGUGUCUGCGAUAGACAGGGCUGUGUGCAUUCUCCAUUCUCUUCUCUCUCCCCCUCCCCUAUAAAUUAAUCUCAGGAAAAUGAUGUCACGCCCAAGAAAAAGAAAAAACGAAAGCACCAGGAAGAGGAGGACGUGGAGCCGUCUGAGAAUGGCCUGGAGGAGGAAGAGGUCUCCCCCAAAAAGAAGAAGAAGCUGGGCCUUGUGGAGACGCCCCACCCAAAGGGGAAAAAGACAAAGAAGAAAAAGGCCAGAAUGGAGGAAGACGAGGAGGAGGAGGACUAGUGGGCAGGACAAGUGGCAAAAUCCCGUCCAACAUGGCCAGCCUGAGACUUAAGGUCCACUGAGGGUUUCUUUAAAAACUGGCUUCUGGGCUCUUCGCUCUCUGCCCAGUACUUUUGUGACAACUGAAUGUAGCCACGGUUGGACCUCCCAUGGGCAGAAUGGCAGCCCAGGAUCCGUUUCCUGUCCCUUUCUUGGCGACACAAGGAAAGAGAGUGAGCCAGGCUGGGGGGAGGGUGUUCUGUGGCUUGCAGCUGAGGCCUCAGGAGACGUCCAUUCAGCAAGUUCCACCUGGACAUUUCAUGUACUUAACCAGCUAACAAUAAAAUUACUGUCUUUUUAUAGCAGCUUUGCCUCUGGGUAUUCUGUUAGAUGAGACCCAGGAAGGGGGUGUAGCACAACAAAACGAGGUUUGCCCUUCCAAGUAGCAUGGCACAGUCUGUUUAUUCCAUGUCUGUUGUGCAUAAAGGUUUAAAGACGUUUGAUGAGGGAGGUGUAUGGUUCUGGGCAGCUGGUGGGUUUUACUGCCAGCUUCUCUCCACAUUCAAGACUCUGAGGUAGCAAACAGCAUCCCUGGUGCUCUGCUAGCUGACUGCAAGAUUUGCAGACUUCAGUUCUUUGCUUAUAGCUGCUUUUCACUUGACAGAGGUAGCUGAACUCCGCAGCCAACUGCUUCUUCCCACUUUCCCCGAAGAGUCCUCCAAGGUCUAGGAGUAUUUCAUGCAUACAACUCAUGGGAGUGGCCACAUUCACUUUAUUUGUGCAACAAGGAGCUAAGCUCACAAUAAAUUAUUUGGCAGAAGCAG